AUGGAUGUGGUAAGGAAGGAUGAAGAGACUGUACUGCGGAAGAGCAAAAAGAAGAAGCACAAGAAAAACAAGGAGAAAAACAAGAAAAGCAAAGAAAUAGAGACUUUAAGUACCUUAGAAGUAAGUAUAGAGGAUAAAAAGAAGCACAAUAAUAGCAAGGAAAUAGAAGCUAUAAGUUCCUCAGAAGUACCUACAGAGAAAAAGAAGAAGCACAAGAGAAACAAGGAAAAAGAGGCUUUGAGCUCCUCAGAAGUACCUAAAGAUGUGGGAGGCGAGAAGGGGUCUGAGGAGAAAGAAGGUGGGUCUGAUUAUGGGAUAGAAGAAAGUGGUAAACGCAAAAAGAAGAAAGACAAGGAAAUAGUUACUGAGUGCAGUGAUGUAGAAUGUGCAACUGAUCAGGCGGCUUCUAAAGAGAAGGAUCACAUUUUUGUGAGUGCUGAGGAUAAUAAUGAGCAUGUGAAGAAGGGGAAGGGUAAAAAAAAUAAAAGAAAGAAUGAAAUGGAGGUGAUUCCGGAGAAACCUGCAUUGAGAAGUCUGGUGGUGAGGCUUAAUCUGGUUCUCGUUCUUCUAAGAAGAGGAACAGAGAGGAGGAAGUGCUAG